AUGCUGGUGGGUGACUCAGGGGUCGGCAAGACCUGCUUGUUGGUGCGCUUCAAGGACGGCGCUUUCCUCGCCGGCAGCUUCAUUUCCACGGUUGGAAUCGACUUCAGGAAUAAGGUGCUGACGGUGGAUGGGGUGAAGGUGAAGCUGCAGAUCUGGGACACGGCGGGGCAGGAGCGCUUCCGCAGCGUCACACACGCCUACUACCGGGAUGCCCACGCCCUGCUCCUGCUCUACGAUGUCACCAACAAAGCAUCAUUCGACAACAUCCAGGUACAGCAGCAUCCCCAGGACCCCUCUGCCAUGGGCUGGGGGUGGUUGUGGGUGGAUUCGGCCCAGGACAGAGUGGUAAAGAGGGAAGAUGGAGAAAAAUUAGCCAAGGAAUACGGAGUGCCCUUUAUGGAGACCAGUGCAAAAAGUGGCCUCAAUGUGGAGUUAGCAUUCACAGCCAUCGCAAAGGAACUGAAGCACAGAUCCAUGAAGCUGCCCAAUGAGCCCAAAUUCAAGCUCCACGACUACGUGAAGAAGGAAGUGCGAGGCUCGGGCUGCUGCAGGUCCUAA